UAAACUUAACUUAAAUGUCACAUCACACUGGGUCGCUUUUUGUCUCAGGAAAUGCGCACUUCCGUCUUUUGUUGCCUCAAGUAACUCAUUUUCCAUUUCCACACCAGACACCAGCUUAACAAGUAGUAACAGUAAAAGGUGAACCCGUAUCUGGUUCAGCUAUGAUCAGGCAAAUAUGAAGUUUCUUCUAUUUUUAGAUCCCUUAUCGUCAAAAAAAUCCAGCAGUGCAAGAGCAAGACAGCCCAGCUAGCUCUGAAUGUAGAAGAGGAAGCUUGCUUUCAUUUUCUUAAACAGAGGCGAGUGGGUGAUUUGAAGUGAAGUGCGGGGGUAGAAAGAAGAAAAGUUCGUUUCUGUGAGGGUUUUUCUGAAGUCUGAGGAGGCUGAUGGAGUUUUCUGACCAUAUCAAGACGGCCAACGUCGAGGAUGUAGUGCUCCGUCAGCCGCUGCACCCACCGAGCAGAGGGACCCUGUGCGUCACCGGUCACCACCUGCUCUUCUCGGACAGGGAGGAGGGAAGCUCCAGGCAGGUUCUGCUUCUGCUCAGGAAUAUCGAUGCCAUUGAGAAAAGUGUGGAAAACCUUUUGGGCUAUUCCGGUUUCCUCUCAAAAGCAGCCCACAGUGACAGGACGCCUGGAUCCUCUGGGACAAUCACCAUCAAGUGCAAAGAUCUGCGUGUGCUUCAGCUGGACAUUCCAGGCAUGGAGCAGUGCCUCAACAUUGCUCAAUCGAUUGAGACCCUGUCCUGUCUGGACAAUGUGUCGGAGAUGUAUCCUUUCUUUUACAGGCCCAAUGACCUCAGCCUGCGGGAGCAGUGGGGUCUCUCAACCCCUGAAAAACACUACACUCAAAUUAAGGAACUUCAUAGGAAAUGGAGGUUGAGCAGUGUGAACAAAACCUACUCUGUGUGCCCUUCCUAUCCUCCGGUAGUCAUUGUUCCAAAAGGCAUCGAUGAUGAAACACUGAAGAAAGUGGCCAAAUUUAGACAAGGUGGCCGCUUCCCUGUCCUGUGCUACUAUCAUCGAAAGAAUGGCAUGGUGAUCAUGCGCAGCAGCCAGCCACUGACGGGUGCCAACAAGAAGCGUUGCAAGGAAGAUGAACUCCUCCUUCAGGUUGUGAUUGAGGACUCAGAUAAAGGUUUCAUUAUUGACACUCGUUCAGGUCAGCAGGUUCAGCAGGCUCGGAUGACUGGUGGCGGCUUUGAGUCCAAAUCGUGCUACAGCCACUGGAAAAGGCUUCACAAGCAGAUGGAAAGGGGUAAGGCCCUUCAGGAGAGCCUGAUUAAACUGGUGGAAGCCUGCGGAGAUGAGUCCCACAACGUGGACCGCUGGCUCAGUAAGCUGGAGAAUUCAAAAUGGCUGUCUCACGUCCAGACUGCUCUGUCCGCAGCUGGCCUGCUGGUAGAGUGUGUGGAGAGGGACGGUCAUUCAGCUCUGGUCCACGGCUAUGAAGGUACAGACUGCACUUUGCUCAUUUGCACUCUGGCCCAACUCAUCAUGGACCCGAGCUGCCGCACUCUGGAGGGUUUCCUGGCUCUCCUGGACAGGGAGUGGCUACAGGCAGGACAUCCGUUCCAGCAGCGGUGUGCCCAUUCAGCCUACUCCCACGCUCGCCUCCAGCAGGAGUCUCCAAUCUUCCUGCUGCUGCUGGAUUGUGUUUGGCAGCUUUGGCGUCAGUUCCCCCUGGCGCUGGGUUUCUCUGAGACGCUGCUCCUCAGACUGGCAAAUGAGGUCUACGCUUCAGACUACGGCACGUUUCUGUGCAACAAUGACCAGGAGAGGUGUGCCCUAGAAGUGAAGGACAGGACUCACUGUUUGUUCCAGGCCCUGCUGAGGCCGCCUGAGAGAGAUUACUACUCAAACCCUCUGUAUGAACCCAACGAGCUGGCAAUCUGGCCCUCAGUUCACCCACAGUCCCUGCAGCUCUGGAGAGGCUUUUUCCUGAGGUGGACGCAGCAGGCGCGACAUCUUGAGGCAGUUCAGGAGGAAAUAAGGAGCAUGGUCAUUGAGUGGCACAGGGUGACACAGAGGUGACACCUCUACAAAGAAAUUAGGAUUUGAAAGAGAAAAUUAUUUCACAGAACCAUAUUUAGAUUUUUUCCAUGUUUAAAUGUACUGUAUUUUCUUCUCCUUCAUAAAUGUUGAUCCUUUUUUUUCUAAGAAUUGAGUGUUGUCAUCAUUUAUAUAUAUUUUUUCUUAGGAUUUUCUAAAAAAAAAAAAGUACAGAUUAUUAAUAUGAAUUAUUAUGAGAAAGUAUUGGAUUAAAACAUCUGGUAAUUAUUAAUACCGGCCUUACUACAAUAUAAGGGCAAAUACCUUUAGUGUUUUAAGACUUGAGAUUUGAGUGUUUUCCUUGUAAUAUCAGCUCAUGACAUAUUAUACAAGCUUAACUACCACAAAAUAGUUGUAGUAGAAAGAUAUAUUUUACAUUGAAAUAUCUCUUUUACGCAUUGUGGUCCCUAGAGUGGACAGCUAUUUCCAUAUGUAUGGUUGAACAACAAUAUCUCAAAAAAAAAAACGAGAUGCGAUAACAGACGCUGAAGUAGCUAAGGAUUUUGAUGAAGUUGAGGAUAUAUGAGCUCUAAGACAUAAGAAGGUAAACUAUCAGAAGCUCAGUGUGUUUCAGUGCUUUAGUGAUGUUUUUUUUUGUUCUUUAUUUGUGUACGCAGUUUAUACAUGACUUUCAUUUACUGUUUAUUCAAUUUCGUGUGCAAUAUUUUAGUUUUUUUUUGAAGAAAUGUUAAUUUUAAAAUACACAGUUCAACAAGGAAAAGGAAGAAGAGCUUGAAUAAAAGUAACAAGAGUAGUACAUAAGAAAUGUGGGGAUUUGUGUUAUUUUAGAGUUCUUCUACGCCUUAAUAAAAUUUUUCUAAAUUCAUGUUAUGAACUUAACCACACACAUUAUAUAGAAGA